AUGGCCAACAAUAAAGAGCGAAAACGAAGCCACAAGAAAACGCCGAAUCAAUCCGUGUCUUCCGCACAGUCUGAAACCGCCAAACGUCCCGCCAGAAAGAAGUCGCCCAAGCCCUCCACGCCGGCGUCUCGCAACAAGAAACCCGUCACCGAAGGUUCCGUUUCGAAACCCGCAAAUCGACCCAACACCGCCAAUGGCAGACGCGGAGAUCGGGAACGUAAGCCCUCACCAUCUGUGGUGUCACGAGGCUCAGCAGCUGCGACUAUGACUAUGACUCCUGAGCCUAGCAGCGUGCCUCUGCAGCCCUGCCAGGUCACCCCGGCCAUCCAUUCGUCGCAUCUGACCGUGCCUUCUGCGCUGACAGAAGAUCGAAAACCGACACCCAAGAAACGCCGGUCGAGAGAUACAGCCUCCAACCAACCCAACAAACGAAGUGAAGACAUGCGGGAAGAGCAAGACAAUGAUGCCACCAUGUCCUCCCCGACCGCAAGUACCACAUCCACUGCCUCUAUGAUGAGUACUCCAACUCCCACACCUGCAUCUCCUGCCAGGUCGGCUGUCCACCAGGAACUUCAAAACAUCUACCACCGAGUGUGCCAGCUGGAAGAUCAGUGUGGACGACUUAUGCAGAAACUCGCACAGGAGAUUCCUCAGAAGGACGAACCAUGCAUCACACAGCAUACUGACAUUCGUCAAGAGCGUCUCAACCGUCUACUGGCAGAUGCCACUAAGCGGCAUGCUGCUCUACUGGACGCCCACUACGAUUUCCUUCGAGCAGCUCACUACAACGACUCUACGUCACUUCGUGGACUGGUCAACAAGUACGACAUCCCUAGCAGACUGUGGUCCCGAGGAGUGUAUGCCUUUGUGCACAUUGCCCGGAACCUGCAGCCUUACGCGGCCCGUUACCUGAAUGACCACCUGAGACACUGUGCCCAGACACUCCUCUUGUUAGCAGAGCCCUACUUUGACCGUGAAGCUGACGGUAAAAAUCUUCCCUCUUGGACCGAAGCUGUUGGGGAUCUCGCUCGUAUUGGCAUGUCUGUUCGAACAGAUGAUGCCGUUUACUGGCGUGGAGUAGCCCAUUGGUGGUACAGCCGAACUCUUCUCACAUACAACGACAAUGGGCGGCCUCACCACCACUUUGCUCUAGUACUUGCAUGCCGUCUGGAGUCAUUAUUGUCUCUCUGUCGUGCCACACUUUGUAUGGUUCCGUUUGCACCCGCUUCUAAUACAAUGGAUGCCCUGUUCAACGCUGGGGCAGCCAAGAUGCAGCGACAGGGCGAACGCGAACCCCUCGAGGUGGUCGUGGACUCCUUCGUCUCCGUUCAUGAAGGAGUCACCAAGGGUCGCUUUCCCAACAUCCGUCAGAAGCUCAUUUCCUUGGGCGCUGUCAUUGCUCGAACCCCAAGCCCCUUCUUGGCAUCUCGAUCUGCCAUGUUCGCUGCCAUAAACAUUGCUGGCUUGCAUGAGUAUGGUCGGGGAGCUCUAGCUGGAGUGUGGAGAAACAGUGUGGACGAAGAAAACGUUGUUGUUCCCAGUCCGAACAAAUAUGUUGCAUUUCACAUUCUUCGUGCCCAUCUAGCUCUCACAUCGGAUAAGGCUCUUCCUCACAUUAUUCCCUGGCUGCUGUUCAUGUUGGCUCUAACCAAACACCCCAAAGUGUUCCUCGAGGUGCUCGACCAUAGGUUCCCUUGGAAGGAUAUGCUGUGGUAUCUCAACGAGAUCCAGCGUAAAACUGCCCGAGUUCCUGUUGACAACAACGACACAACUGGGUCCAAUUUUAAUUUCAAAAAGGCCCCUCCCCCUCGCGAACUCCCCCCAGCUCCCAAGGGCUAUGUUUCCAAACUCCCCGAAGAGCUGCUUCUACGAGGCUUCUCAUGGGCCAAAGAGGUCUUGUCUUGUCCUUUUGACAGUGAUACUCAAGACAUUGUCAACACCAUGUCUCUGGGUGGCCAACUGGACUACACUCUUGGAGAAUGUACUAGGCUCGAGCGUGCUCAGGAUCUCAUCAGACAGCUAUGUGAUACUCGACUGUUAAAACUGGGUGAUUCCGGUCUUGAACAGGAUCCCGAGCUGACUUCUUGUCUGGCAUCCAAAACAGAAGCUCCUGACUACAUCUCCGAGUACGAAGCAUACCAUGAGUUUCUGCCCGAUAUUGGUGGAGAGAGCUCGUCAGUGACUUCUGAUGACAUUCAAUCAUUGUGCAAAAAACGAGACAUGGUGCGCCAGGAGUGUGGCGUUCAGUCCAAGAUUGAAAACCUGGAACUGACCACUUCGCCUCUGGCAGGUGAACGAAAGCCGGCCAUUAUUUUCGAUACCAAUCUAUGGCUGAACGAACUGGAGUUCAUCGUCACUGUGGUUGAGAGCGGUUGGCUGCGCAUCAAAGUGCCUGUUAUGGUCAUGCACGAGUUGCAGAAACUGCAGACAUUUAACCGUGACGUCCGAACGAGCACCCUAGCGCAACAGGCUCUGGCCUAUAUCAAGUCCAAGGGCCAAGGAUCGAGUCUAACCAUUGUUGGUCUCGAUGGAGCUGCUCUCAACGAGCAAGCUUGUGCCGAAGGUGUUGUUCGCUUUACCAACGACUACGGGGGGCUGCCCAAACGUGGCCAGCCUACCAUGGAUGAGCUCAUCACUCGAACCGUUUGCAAGUUGCAAAAGGGCAGUCGUGGGGGCGUUGUUCGAGCUCUGCUUGUCACCAACGACAAGAACAUGCGUAUCUUGGCUCUGACACAAUCUGUGGCAGUGUCCUCUGGUGCCGAGUUCAUGAACAUGUACGGAGAGGAAUCUGGAGAACGCCGCAACGAGACUCCUGGAAUUCGAUCCAUGCGAAGCAGAAAGAGCGAGCUCAGUGUAUAA